AUGCCACGUCCGUCUCGUGAUACGUACGGCGAUCAGAAGCCACCGUACUCGUACAUCUCCCUCACCGCGAUGGCCAUCUGGUCCUCGCCGGACAAAAUGUUACCCUUGAGUGAUAUCUACAAAUUCAUUACCGAUCGGUUUCCGUACUAUCGCAAAAACACGCAACGGUGGCAGAACUCGCUCCGGCACAACUUAAGUUUCAACGAUUGCUUCAUCAAAGUUCCACGGCGACCCGAUCGGCCGGGCAAAGGCGCUUACUGGGCGCUUCAUCCACAAGCGUUCGAUAUGUUUGAAAAUGGAAGUUUGCUAAGGCGCCGGAAACGCUUCAAGCUGCACAAAACCGACAAGGACAUUCUGAACGAAGAGCUCGCAGCAUUGGCCAACAUAAACAGGAUAUUUCUCGCACAGAACUCGGCGGACGCGUACUGUCCAACGGCGACCACAAUGCUGCCCGAUCCGGUGGUACUGCAUCCCUCCAGCUUGAUGCAUUCUCCACCGCUAGAACCACACUCCCCACUGCCAGCCAUUGAACCACUGUCACCCAUUUCUACCAGCGAGACUACGCUGAUGGUUGGCUCCACGAGAACGCCACUGCGUCCGAAGCGAUCGUUUACGAUCGAGAGUCUGAUCACGCCAGAAGACGAGCUGGUGGAGCGACGGAAAGGGGCAAAGUUAGAGCGGAAAGGUAGCCGAUCACCGAGUCCUACUCCUGCACACACUACCAACAAUGUGCGGGACCACAGUAAACGCUCGAAACGAAGUUCCGACGAAAGGUUAAAUCUGCUAGAAUCUCCGGAAAACCGUUUGCCAUCCUUGCUAUCGAUUGCGAAUCAUACUGUGCAUCAUCAUCAUCACCAUGCUGGACUUCAUCAUCACCCGGCACUGCAUCACGCACAACACGCGACACCGACCCUACCACCCGCGACCAGUCUGCCGGGUGUGGCCAACAUUCCUCCCUUCCUGCAGUACGCUCAUCCUGCCCUGGCCGGGUACGAUCUGCCCAUCCAUCCACUGCUGAUGAUGGGACCGCUCGGUGCUCACCAUUACUUCCACCAGAACUCGUACCACAGUUUGGCCGCUGCCCAUCAUCAUCACCAUCAGUCGCAACAACAACACCUCCAGCACCAUCACCACCACCAACACCAUCAGCAUGGACUAGGGACCGGUUCUGGCAGUCGAUCACCAAGCGGAUCCACUACCGAACCGGACAGUCCUCGUUCUGGUGGAGCACCGACCGAUCUUAGCCGACCCGCGCUGGGACCUGCACUGCGAAGUGUUUGA